AUGAACAUGCUUGUAUCUACUCUGGCCGUCUCGGCCUCCCUUUUUGGCCUUGCAAAGGCUACCGUUCAGGGAUUCGAUAUCAGCAGCUACCAGCCCAACGUUAACUUCAAUGCUGCGUACAGCGCCGGUGCUCGCUUCGUCAUUAUCAAGGCAACUGAAGGUACCACCUACAUCGACUCUACCUUCUCCAACCACUAUAUUGGUGCUACAAACGCCGGCUUCAUCCGCGGUGGCUAUCAUUUCGCCCACCCCAGCGUCAGCUCUGGCGCAACUCAAGCCAAAUACUUCAUCGCCCACGGCGGUGGCUGGUCCGGCGACGGAAUCACCCUGCCCGGUAUGUUGGAUAUCGAAUACAACCCCAACGGUGCCACUUGCUACGGUCUCUCAGCCAGCCAAAUGGUGAGCUGGAUUCAUGACUUUGUCAACACCUACUAUGCCUCGGAGGGUGUUUACCCAAUGAUUUACACCACCAAUGACUGGUGGACCACUUGUACCGGUGACUCGACGGCUUUCAGCACCACUUGCCCGUUGGUGUUGGCUAGAUAUGCUAGCUCUCCGGGAACUAUCCCUGGUGGCUGGGGUUAUCAGACUAUUUGGCAGAACACAGAUAGCUAUGCGUAUGGAGGUGACUCCGACGUUUUCAACGGUGCUCUGUCCCAGCUCAAGGCCAUUGCACUUGGUUAA